ACCAGGACUCUGUUCAUGAACUCAUCAUGAUGAAGCUGACUCUGUGUGCCGCUCUGGUCUGGAUGAUCUUCAGCUCCGUUGGAGCUCUUAAGUGUGUGAACCAGGAUUUCAGCAGCCUCCCUUUUUCAAAACCAUGCGGCCUUCCUGCUGAGCUGUGUGCAACAGUUGCCAUACACAAUACAGAAAAUGAUCGCAGAUUAAAACAAACCAUAAGGAUGUGUGUUCCACCAUCAGUCUGCGCUGCACAGGAUGAGAUACUCUCAGUCAGUUAUGGCGCAUUCACAGCUGCUACAUCUAUUCGUUGCUGCAACACAGAUGACUGCAAUAAUGACACUUUAACCUAUCCUGAUCUUAAACUAAACGGCCUGAACUGUUCCACCUGUGCUGAUCAAACUGUCUGCAACACAACAGUGGAGUGUUACGGCAAUCAGGACCACUGCUUCAAAAGAACAGUGACUGAGCGUGGCCAGAUCAUCCAGAUCCACGGCUGUGCAUCUGCAAACGUGUGUGGACAUCAUCCUGACUGGGAAAGAAAGUUUUUUUUUCAAAUUUUUUAUCUAGGUAACGCUUCAUCGAACUGCUGGAAAGCCGCCCUGCGUGAUUCAGCUCUGACCACCAGACUGAGUUUGUCUCUGUUCCUGCUCGCUCUCUUCACACUUUUCAUCAGUUAAACCCAAGAACCACACUUCCUGAAUGUGGAUGCUGAGCUUCACAGCAUGCUAGGUCCAUCACAGUUCUAUGAGACCAAUGCAAUGUUUUUGUUUGUUUUAGAAAAAUAGCUGAAGGCUUUAAUGUGCAUUUGUCUGUAAAGGUCAGCUGUCCUCAGUCAUUUUCCUUUAUUGAAUGUUUGCUGUUUUCAUUUUUCUCCAAAUGUGCUUUUGAUUUUAUA